GGUCCGACCGGAAGCGGAAGCAGAAGCGCGGCGCGGCGGGAGAUUCGGGCGCUGCGGGGAGGCGGCUGCGGCCCGUCCGUGGGGCCCGGAGUAUGGUGCAGAUCGUCAUCUCCAGCGAGGGUGCUGGAGGUCUGGCACAGUGGGUGCUGGUGGAGCUGCAGGGCGAGGUUGAGCCCCGGCAGAGCGGUGGGCUGGCAGGGAGCCUCCUGGGAGACCUGCACUACACCCGCGAGGGGGUCCCUGUGCUCAUCGUGGGCCAUCACAUCCUCUACGGGAAGGUGGUGCAGCUGGAGAAGCCCUUUGCCGUCCUGGUGAAGCGGGGAGCUGGAGAGACUGGCCCUGCAGGGCCGCACACACACUACACCGUCACCGCCCUCAUCAAAACCAAGCUCCUCUUCAAAACCCGCCCCAAGCCCAUCAUCACCAAUGUGCCCAAGAAAGUGUGAGGACUCGGGCUGGCGGCCGUAAGCUCCGCUCUGCUGCCGGGCAGCCCUGGGUGGGGCUUGUGGAGAUCCAGGGUCAGCCUGGCCUUGUCCCUGCUCUGGCCGGAGGGCUCCAGGGCCAGCUUGGGGUGCUGGGUCCCAUGUUCAGGCACCCAAAGCCCUUCCUGUGUCACUGUUUUCUCCCGUAAUGACUCCCCAUUUCUGAGAGCUGCUGAGCUCUGGGGCACAUCCCAGGUGAGAUGAGUCCUGGUGGGCAGUGACCUCCUCUGAGCCUGGGCAGAGCUGUCCUGUGCUGGGGGCUGCUCUCACUGCCCAGACUCGUCAGUUCCCAGUGUGCUGCUGUCUCUGCCUGUCCCCCCGCCUGCAGCCAGGACCCACAGUGGUGCCAGCACACAGAUUGUUCUCCCUGCCACUAUAUGUCCCCCUCAGAAAGCACCCCUGCAGCUGUGGGGGCAGCUGGUGCUGGCAGAGUCUGACCCCCUGUCUGGGCAUGGGCUUCCCCCCACGGUGUUGGCACAGGGGGACCAGGGCCACCAGCCUCUUCUCCACACGCUGCCUUUUCUCUGUGCAAGUCUUUAUUUUUGACAAAUCCAUCAGGAUAUAAAAACAGACUUUUCCAAAAUAUGCAAAAAAACCCGCAGGUUAAAAAAUAAAUAGAUUUACAAACAAUUAGCAAUAAGUAUGAAUACCAAAGAGCUACAAAAGUCUUCUAAAAAACCUCGUAUUAAAU